AUGCCUCUCCCCUCAGUCGAGAUCCCUUUGGCGCCGUAUGAGGGGGCAAGCCACGCCUCUGCCAUUGGCGACCUGCCGCUUCCUCCCAAGUUUACGUCCAAGCAGAGGGAGCGCGAGUACAUCAAGUUCCGUCUUGCACAGGCCUUCAGGAUCUUCGGUAAACUCGGGUACGAUGAAGGCGUCGCGGGCCACAUCACUGUCCGGGACUCAAUUCGCCCUGACUGCUUCUGGGUCAAUCCUUUCGGGAAACACUUCUCGCUGAUCCAACCGGAGGACCUCCUGCUCGUGGACCACCAUGCCAACGUCCAAUUCGCUGAGUCCGGUCCCAACACGCUGCUCAACAGGGCUGCAUUCAUGAUACACUCGACCGUGCACGCCAAGCGCCCGGACGUGAACUGCGCUGCCCAUUCCCACUCUGUCUUCGGGCGCGCCUUCUCUACCCUCGGCAAGGAGCUCGAUAUAACCACGCAGGACAGCUGUGCGUUCUACGAGGACCAUGGAGUGUAUGACCAGUACGGCGGGGUGGUAUUGAGCGAAGAGGAGGGGGAGAAUAUCGCGAAGGCGCUUGGGAAUAAGAAGGCCGUUAUCUUGCAGAACCACGGCCUGCUGGUGGCCACGACUAACAUCGAAGCGACGCUCCACUUCUUCGUGUCCCUCGAGAAGUCGUGCCAGGUGCAGCUCGCCGCCGACGCCGCGGCUGCGGGCCCGGGCCGCAAGACGCGGAAGAUACCGCCAAAGCAGGCGGCCCUGACGCACGGGGUCGUCGGCACGAUGUACGCUGGCUACUUCAAUGGCCUGUCCCGCUUCCAGCUGCUCGAAGCGGAGGAGGGCGUUUCGUUCGACUUCAAUCGCGGAGUGCCGGUGUAUAAGGCCAAGCUGUAA